GGCCAGCUGAGAGAAGAGCCCGCGACCAUGCACCGCAUCCGGCAGGCCCUGCUGCUGCGCCUGCAGCUCGCCCUGUUGGUGGCCACGGGGGCCGGGGCGCGAGUGAGCGCACCGCGGAGCCUGGUGUGGGGCCCGGGGCUGCAGGCCGCCGCCGUCCUCCCUGUGCGUUACUUCUUCCUGCAGUCGGUGGACUCGGACGGCCGGAACCUCACUAGCUCGCCGCCAGGUCAAACACAGUUCAAAGUAGUGAUAAAAUCCCUGUCACCUAGGGAGUCAGUCCGUAUUUAUGUCCCUAAACCUUUGGACAGAAAUGAUGGAACAUUUUUGGUGAGAUACAGGAUGCACGAGACUGUCCAUGAAGGCCUCAAGAUAGACGUCCUUUAUGGCGGCGAGCAUGUGGCUCAGUCUCCCUAUAUUUUGAAAGGACCCGUGUAUCACGAGCACUGUGACUGCCCGGAAGAGGAUCCUCGAGUCUGGCAGAAAACUCUGUCUUGUCCAGCCAAGGAACCACAGAUCGAGCAGGAUUUUGCUUCCUUUCCCAGCAUUAAUCUCCAGCAGAUGCUGAAGGAAGUCCCCAAAAGAUUUGGGGACGAGCGGGGUGCCGUGGUUCAUUACACAAUUCUCAAUAACCACGUCUACCGCAAGUCUUUGGGGAAAUACACAGACUUCAAAAUGUUUUCGGAUGAAAUUUUGCUGUCACUGGCAAGAAAGGUCAUCCUCCCAGAUUUAGAAUUCUAUAUUAACCUUGGAGAUUGGCCCUUGGAGCAUCGAAAGGUCAAUGACACCCCUGGCCCUAUACCUAUCAUUUCCUGGUGUGGCUCCUUGGAUUCAAGAGACAUUAUCCUUCCAACGUAUGACGUCACCCACUCCACACUUGAGGCAAUGAGGGGAGUCACAAACGAUCUCCUCUCUGUUCAGGGGAAUACAGGGCCUUCCUGGAUCAAUAAAACAGAGAAAGCUUUCUUCCGAGGUAGAGAUAGCCGGGAAGAGAGGCUGCAGUUGGUACAGCUGUCCAAAGAGAACCCACAGCUGCUAGAUGCAGGAAUUACAGGAUAUUUCUUUUUCCAAGAGAAAGAAAAAGAGCUUGGAAAAGCCAAGUUGAUGGGUUUCUUUGAUUUCUUUAAGUACAAGUACCAGGUGAAUGUGGAUGGAACUGUGGCUGCAUACAGGUAUCCAUACCUCAUGCUGGGGGACAGCCUGGUUCUGAAGCAGGAUUCGCCAUAUUAUGAGCAUUUCUAUGUGGCGCUCAGGCCUUGGAAACACUACAUUCCUAUUAAGAGAAACCUCAGUGAUUUACUGGAGAAAGUGAAAUGGGCCAAGGAAAAUGAUGAAGAAGCAAAGAAGAUUGCGAAAGAAGGGCAGUCAACUGCUAGAGGCCUGCUCCAGCCGUCCAGGCUUUACUGCUACUAUUACAGAGUGCUACAGAAAUAUGCUGAGCGCCAGGCCAGCAAGCCCAUGAUACGUGAUGGAAUGGAACUUGUUUCCCAGCCGGAUAAUAGCGGAUCCAUUUGCCAGUGCCACAGGAAGAGGCCUGAGAGGGAAGAGCUUUAAGGUGACUCAGCUUCACACUCCUUUGUAUGCUGGCUGCAUCUUUAAGACUUGUGAAAGAUGCUAAAAUGUGAAUAAACAAAGAAACCAGGCCUGGUGGAUGAGGCUCGCACCUAUAAUCCCAGCACUCUGGAUGUGUGCAAGAGGAUUCCGUUAACACAAAGCCCACCUGGGGUAUAUGGUGACUUCCAGGCCAGCCCAGAGCACCCAGUUGUAUUGUAUCAAAAAGCCAGAACAAAGAAGAAAUGCAGAGAAAAGCCAAGCACACAAUCUACACCUGGGAGGCUGAGCCAGGAAGAUUGUGAGUUUCAGCAUUACCAAAUACCUUU